AUGGGAGAAAAAGCUGCCCCGCCUGCUGGCGUUGCUGCUAAAACGCCUGAAAGUCCGUACCUCCGGCUCAAUGCCAAGUGGAUUGCCAUCGCCCAUGGCUUUUUCGCUUUGACGGCUUUCGUAGGUGCUCUUAUUGUCGGAUGCUAUCUCCAUUAUGAAAAAAUCGUCCGGAAUGCCAGCUACGGCUAUCCUGAUGAGUGGUUUCCCUCUGUGCUGGCAACUAUUGGUGAUAGAUACCCAGAAAGAUCCGUUUUCCAGAUUUUCAUUGCAGUUACUUCGGGGCCACGGUUUCUUCUAAUCUUUGCCAACUUCUUCGUCUUGUACAACGAAGGACGCAAGAAGGCCUGGACGGCUUUAAUCACAGGACUUUUGAGAACUUUUACCUGUGGUGGCUGGGUGUAUAUCACGUCCACUGACGACCACGAUGCCCACGAUGUGUUCAUGAUCAGUUACAUUGUGCUCACCAUUCCAUGGACAGUGUGUAUGUCCUCAUUGAGUCCAAAAGGCAGCACCGUAAAGAAGGGCCGUAUUUUCACUGCAUUGACGUUCUUUGGCCUGCUUGUGCCUUUGGUGUAUUUCUUUAUUCAGCACAAGGUGCAUGUUAUCGCUGGUGCCUACUCCUACUACGCCUACAUCGAAUGGUCCUUGAUCUUCUUGGAUGUUGGCUUUGACUCGUGGUCUUAUCUCGAUCUUUCCAACCUUGAGCUCAGAGUCUACGGCUCCUCUGUGGAGUUUGCAACUCCUGAAAUCGUCAAGAAGAGCAAGCCCGUAAGCACAGACGACUUGGAGAUCAGCUGUCUCUCGUUCGUGGUCAACACCAUCAACUCAUUCACUUUCAUGACCAGUAUCACCGGCAUGUUCGCUUGUGUGUGGUACUUCCCCUUGUGGCACAUGGGUGUCUCAGGUUACGAAGCUGUCAUUGUCGUGAUGUUCGUUGGUCCUAUUUUCGUCCUCCCACUUCGUCGCCUCUUCUGCGCUUAUCCAUUCAUUCCUAGAGUUUUGGCAGUAAUCACUACCGUGGGUGCCUGGAAGGUGUCAGACCCAGCCAACCGUCUUAUGACCGUGAGCGCAGGUGUGGGUUUUUCUGCCAUUGGCUUCACCACCGACUUGUUCAACUUACAAAAUAACGCCGAGAGAUACACCUCAUACUUCGUUUCCUUGUUUUUGGGUGUUUUGCUCUCGUCUGAAAUUAAGUAUGUUUUCUCGUCCAACAACCCAGCUUGGCCUAUCAUGCACAAGGAGAAUGGCGGUUACAACGAGAUUGCUUUCUUUGUGACCAUGUUGGCUGCCUUGUUCACGCGUGCUCCUAAGAAGUUGCCUGAAGCACACUCUUUGAAGCUCGAGGGUGGCUCAUUCUUGCUUUCAGCCUUGGGUUUGGCAGGCUACUUCUUUUCGCUCACUUUGUUCUUGUCCGACUCGUCGAUCUUUGUGAUCUGGUCGUGGACAGGCUUCCCAGUGAAAGGACCAACCCCCUUGAUCGGUGGUUUGAUUCACUUCGCUGCUGCUAUCGCUGGUGUCAUGACAUCUCUCAAAAUUCACCCUAACUUGUUAACUCAACCUGUUUUCCCAAUUGUGGGCGCCAUUGGUGCCGCUGUUGUACUCAGCCUCUAUCAGGACUGGAUUGGAUUUGCUGGUGCCACUGUGUACACAUUCUUCAUCGCUUCUAUCACUCCAACCAUCGCUCAAUCGUUAGUGGGAUACUGCCCUAUCAAGUUGAUCAUUGUGGCAUUCCUUGUUCACAUUCUCCUCUGCUUGGCAUCUGUUUGGAUCGUCGCAUACGCUUUUGUUCCAGGCGGACCAGCUUUGAGAGAGCGUACAGACUUGAUGGUUGCUGUCACGAUCGGCAGUGUCGUUCUUGGUGUGGUGAACUUUGUUCUUCGCAAGACCGCUUCCAAGAUCACACGCAUUGAGGUGGUUGGCUCCAAGCUUUGGCGCCAGGCAUUGUUCAUCAUCACCAUUUUGGUUGCCAUUACUACCACUGGAUUCACUGCUAGAUACCAAUCCGUGGCUCCUCAACCAUACAAGCCGGAGACUAGAUCCUUCACUGCUGGUAUCUGGUGUGUCCACUUCGGUUUGGAUAACGAUCUCUGGGCCAGUGAGAUCCGUAUGAGCAACUUGCUUAGAGAGGCAGAGGUUGAUAUCAUUGGUUUAUUGGAGACUGAUACUGAGCGUCUUAUCGGUGGUAACAGAGACUUUCCCCAGAGAAUGGGUGAAGAAUUGGGAAUGUACGUUGACUACGGUCCCGGUCCUAAUAAGCAUACUUGGGGAGCUGCCUUGCUUUCAAAGUUCCCUAUUCUCCACUCGGAGCACCAUUUGUUGCCUUCACCAGUUGGUGAGUUGGCUCCGGCUAUCAAGGCUACUUUGGACGUUUACGGUGAGCACAUUGAUGUUGUGGUCUUCCAUUCUGGCCAGGAAGAGGACCCAGAGGACCGCCGUUUGCAGAGCUUGUACCUUGAAAACGUUAUGGCUGAAUCCCAGAACCCAUUGGUUCUUCUCAGUUACUUGGUGACUAAGCCAUUAGAGGGCAACUACUUCACCUAUGCAAGUGAAAAGUCAAGAAUGCACGACAUUGACUCCACUGACUGGGACAGAUGGUGCGAGUACAUCAUGUUCCGUGAGCUUAAGAAGGUUGCGUACGCUAGAAUCUCAAGAUCGACCAUCACUGACACCGAGCUUCAGAUUGCCAAGUUCAAGUUCCUCAAUGACGAUCAGAGACUGAUUGGCGAGGACUUUAUCUACGGUAACAAUUUCAUCAGCGAAGAGCAGGUGGAUCCAAGCCUCCGGAUGCCUUCCUUGUUCAGAGGCGAUGGAGUCAGAGGCCAUAGAUACCAUGUCUUUGACGAGCCUCGCUAUUUUGCUGAAACGUUUGAGCAAUUGGGACUCGAAGACCUCAUAUUUGGUCAGAGGCCGGUUCUCAAUACCUUGAUACAAACGAGAACCAAAAUGAAGUCCCACAAGUCUGCAGCCAAGAGGUUCAUCAAGACCGCCAACGGCUACAAGAGAAAGUGUGAUGGCAGAAACCACGGAAACGCAGGUUUCACCCCAAACAGUUAUAACCACUUGAACAAGUGGCAAAUGGUGCCCAAGAAAGGCGGCCACUUGAAGAAACUACAGAAGUACCUCGAGGUCUAA